GUACAUCAAAAAAGAAAGGAAAAUGUGGAUAGUGAGGACGAACUGAGGCCGGAGGAGACACGUCGAACUUCAACUACCCGUUUCACAAGGCCACGUUACUGGGCAGUUGGGAUUAUUUAAAGUGUCCAUCCGAGUAUUUUACCAUUUUACGGGUCGUUUCAAAGUUAAUCCGUCCCCUCGUUCUGUGGUAGUUUGUUUUGAGGAAGCAGCGCGGCUAGCCAGCUCAAUUAGCCUACCAGAGAUGGGGACGAGAGCGAGUCGCCUACAGGAAGACGCGGUUUCCUCAGCUUUCGGAAAAGAUGGGACAAAGCGGGAUUCCUGUCGGCGACCUCGCUUCACGAGGCCCACCAGCCUCGUUGUCGACUUUUCGGUGAGCUUCGAUGACACUGAGGCCAACCGAAGCCGAUCGGAGGAGGGUAGUGACUCGGACCCGGGGCAGCUCGGAGCCAGCGCGGACGGCAGCCCCGCUGACCACCACAGCAUCCCCUCUAGCAUUGGCCAGGCGUCACCCGGGGACGACGACAACAGCGAGGGGAAACCCGAGGAAGACGGCAAUGUUAGCCCAGAGGCUCCCGUCGACGCAGAACACCAGCAGGUUGAGGAGACAGGCCGCACACCACACCGCACUUUUUCCGAGCGGCUGCCCGGGAAUCGGCACUCUGCCACCCGUGUUGGCGCAAGGUCCGCCCGAGUUCGAAGCACACACCAGCGGCCGGUGUCAGAGGCUUGGAUCGGCCUUUACCGAGUGAACAAUCGCCACGGCAAUAUCCGCUGUCCUUUCUGCUCAAAGCCUUUCCCGGGGGGUCGGAUUGAGGAUCACCUGUUGAGUUGCCUCACAUCUCCUCCUCUACCUUACAACACGGAUGUGCUCAGUAAAGACAGUGGAGAAUGUUCCAUCUGUUUGGAGGAUUUGGUACAGGGAGAGACCAUCGCCAGGCUGGCCUGCCUCUGCGUCUACCACAAGAGCUGCAUUGAUUCCUGGUCAAAGGUGAAGCCUUGCUGCCCUGAACAUCCCUUUGAUUGACUCAUGGGGUCACAUGUAUUCCACGCCGUGACCAACCCGACUCAGGAGACUACACUGAAUCUGAAAAUCCCAAUAAAAAAUGUGUAAUUGAACAAACAAAAGCCCACUGUCACUCUUGGACACAGACUACAAAUACAUGAGCGGAGAACAGACGAUCCUAAGAGGAAGCUGCACGUGAAGACACCUGAUGCUCUCUGCUGGGAUCAAUCCCUUUGAGCUUGACCAUUUCAAGCCAAACUCCUCCCGACAGUUUAAAAAUCCGUGGUCGAGACAUCCCCUCGAGGUUGGAACAGGAACAACGGCGUUUACCCGUCUAUUCUGCGCACUUGGCUUUAAACUGGGGAACGUAUAAAUAUUAUCAUCCUAGAACGAACUUAAACCUGGCUGGGGGGGGGGGUUAAAAACGAAAAGAAAAAAUGGUCUUAACUGUGACUCUGGAUCCUCUCCUGUGUAUUUUCUCUCCCUCCCAACGGGAUUGUUUAUUUUAUCAAGUGUUUUGCAAAAAAAAAGAAAAAAUCCAAAACAGAACGAUUAUCGUUCCAUGUCAUACAUCGGAUGAAUGUUUUUUCUCGGCUCACCCCAAAAUGAACCAACCUCACACUGAAAGCAUGAACUGUUACCAUGUAAACAUUGCUUUAUUUUGAUUGAGCUGGAGGUUGAGGACUUGUAUUUGGUGAAUGGGGGCUGCCGUCAUUAGGUGUUUUUUCCUCUCCUGUUACAUGUAAACAUUUCAGGGGAUGUUUGGGGGGCCUAACUGUUUAGGGGGCAGAAAAAUAAGUCUUUUUUUUUUUUUCUUCUUCUUCUGUUUUGGGGGGGGGGUCAGACUCUUGUAGGUGGUUGAAUAGCGGUGGGUUUAAUGUGCUGCUACUUGGUGAGCGUUGAGGAGGGUUUGUAGGUAUUUUAUAGGGCCAUAGUAGCGCUGGUGUUUGCACCAACUUGUGCACUUUUGUCCCUCAGGCUUGUUUUAGUUUAAACCAUAAGGUCCUGGAUAAGAGUGUGUGUGUGUGUGUGUGUGUGUGUGUGUGUGUGUGUGUGUGUGUGUGUGUGUGUGUGUGUGUGUGUGUAUUCAGAUAACGACCAGGGACACACUAUGUCCUGAGCACGACUGUAAAUUCAAGUGUGUGUGUGUACUGUAAAUUGCCCAGAAGUCUGCUUGGUGAACCGGCUUAACUGCAUUCAACAUCCUUCCUGUUUAACGUUGUAUUUGGUACGCAACAUGGCUGCUCACAUGGUCGAAACUUCUACUUUGAAAGCUGUUUUGAGUUUUUGUCCCCUGCCUCUGUCCUCUGGGGUGUCAUUUGGAUUUUUCUUUUCUCUGCUUUUGGACCACGCAACAGUUUCGCCAUCUGGUUACACAAAUGCCAGAUCGAGGGGAGAUAAAGGGACGGAUGUAUUUUUGGAGCAAGUGUACACCAUGUGGUCUCUGCCUCUAUCCAUAACACUGGAGGCUACGGACAGCUGAUGGUUAAUUAUUACAUAAGCAGCCCCCCCCUCCCAUUCCCCUUGUUUUUUUUGUUUUGUUUUUUUUAGGCUAUUUUAUUAUCACAGAGCUCAUGUUUAUUGCUAAAUGUGUUAAAUGGCUAUCCUUGGCCUUUCUUUUUGUGUGUGUUAUGAUUGCCUUUUGCCUGGUGAAGGGGUUCUUGUGCAAGGAGGUAUUUGUGGUGUCGUUUUGGGGGGCUGAGCUGAAGUGGAAGCCCAAACAGUAAGGCUGCUCAACAGAUGCUGCCUGAUACAGGUUGUACGUAGGCCAGUGGAAAGUCUAGCAGAAAGAACAAAACAUAUAUUGUAACUGAUUGCUUUUGCUGCCUGCUCUAAAGGUGCUUAACUCUCAGCGCUGCAGUGGUGUGGGGCGGUUUAGAGGUUGGCCAAGAGGUGAGCCAUGCACACAGGUUUGUUCACCCCAGCCUCUGUUGGUCUUUUCUGUCUCCCCCACCCCAAUGUUCUGCAGUCUGCGGUGCUAUAACCUGUCCCGUCAUUAGAGGGCAGCCCUGUGCAUGUUUCUCUUAUUUUGUAUUGGAGAAAAGAAAAAUAAAGCCAAAAAUAGUUUGUUUGUGCAUUUAGGUCUGUGUUGUUGCAGGGUACAGGGCAGAAGAGGAGGCGCAUCGAUCAUUUAGAUGUUCAGAUUACAUUUGUCGUGGUGAUAAAUUAUGAUAUUGUAUACUUUGGCUGGGAGGGUUUUAAGGGGGGGUGUGUGUGUGUGUGUGUGUGUGUGUGUGUGUGUGUGUGUGUGUGUGUUCAGAGGGGUGUUGGUGGCAGUUGGGUUGUCGAUAAAGAUUACAGACAAUCCAAAACCGCCACGUUACUCUUGAUUUACUUUCUUAACCCCCUCUAAGCUGUGCGGUGCAAUACCUCAAAUUUUUACCAAUGCUAGCUAAAUGCUCGGUGUGCAAACUAGCCCCUCUCCAACCAAGGAUGUAUUUUGUAUAAAUAUUCUCAAGUCUUUGGUUUUGAAUCACAGGGCGCCGUUUCCCUGCCUGCCCUGUGAUUACAGACCGAUGUGUUUAAACUGUCACCACAGCGGCAUCUGCAUCCUCAAGAUAUGGACAAUCUGCCUUUACUCUGGUAUAAAACAAACAAAUUGAGUUUUAUUUAUUAAAUUGUAAAUAUGUAAUACAACUCAAGAAAAUUGCUUGGUCCUUGUCUGUUCAAUAUACUGUUUCUAAGCUCCGAUCUUUUGUAUGUCUCAAAUUGUUUUUAUAUGUAUUUUUUACAAUAAAUAUGUGUGACAGA